UGGGUGCUACAGUGAUUGAUGAUGCGAGUCGUGACGACGACGACGACGACGACGACGAUGACAACCCUCUUUAUGAUAUUGAUCAAGAGGAGGAGUAGGGCAGUGAAAGAAGAUUACAUGAGUGAGGAUGAGUGAUGAGUUUUAAGAUCAAAAUGAGUGCAACUAGAAGUGCAAAACAAGCCAAGGAAGGUGCAGAUCUGAGAAUAUCAUAUACCUUCCCAAAUCUACAAUGCCAAAACCUUCGUCCCGAAUUCACAAGGCUCCAUCCAUGAAGUAAAAAGUGGGAGAUGAAAGAAACGAUUAAAGAAUCACAAGAGAAAGCUAGAGAAGUGGAAUUUCAGCGAGCAGAGAUGAGAGGAGGAAGAAAUUGGGGCUUAUUUCUGAGACAUGAUUUUUGGUUUUUUUUUUUUUUAUAAUAACAAAACAAAAUUUAGGCCCAAAAUUUUUGGUUUUCCAAGACAUGAAUUUUUUUUUUCCUUUAGUAUUUUAAGGGAGACCCCUCCCUUAAACAAUUGAAAAUCAGAACGCAAAAUCUCUCUGGAUCUCCGGAGAGGGGAACUGAAACAGUCGGCGUCCUCCGUCCUUCGCUCAGCUCAGGGCCCGACUGGUGACUCCUUCUUGUCGACGUCCUCCGUCCUCAUUCAGUCACCGUCUCCACCUUGGCGGCCACUCGCGCAGCGUUCGAGCCCUCACCCUCCUCCGCCAAUCCACCUGGCCGGCCUUCUCCAUCUUGCUGAUAGCUACGCCUCAGUCCUCACCGUUUCCGAAUUCUAUCAUCGCGAGGAGACUACGUGAUCGUUUGAGCAGAUAACUCCCUCGUUCUGCUGCAGUCCAUCUCAUGAGUGCAGGAGGUGCAUUCGGUGGGAAUAGGGGGUUGAGACCCGUGCCUCCAGAGAAAGGUGUCUUCCCUUUGGAUCACUUGCAUCAAUGCGACCUGGAGAAGAAAGAUUAUCUUAAUUGUCUAAAAUCCUCUGGCCAUCAAUCAGAAAAAUGCAGACAGUUCUCAAAGAAGUAUUUGGAGUGUCGCAUGGAGAAGAACUUGAUGGCUAGGCAAGAUAUGUCAGAGCUCGGAUUUCGAAAGGAAACUGAAACCAAUGGAGAAACUUCAGAAGAGAAGAAUUCCAAGAGGAUCGAAGUUUGAUGUCAAAGCGCCUAUCUUGUGCAGUAGCCUCUGGAGAGAAGCAUGCUGAGAGGCAUGGCUAUCAUACUAUCUGUAUCUUCUGCUUUAACAAAUCUCCGUGACAGAGCUGCUGAAUCUGAGGGACCAGAUUUCUCUUUGGCUUUGCCGAGCAAGUUUCUGAUUCACAGGUUUUUCAAAAUAAUUACUCUUGCUUAAACCGGAUGUCAAGUAGUUUCAUUUCGAUUGUUGAUUGGCACUUCAUGACAGCUUGUUUGAAAACUUCGGGCUCUGAGCCAACCAUAACCCGAGUAAUUCUAAUGAAAUCAUCUCUCAACUUUGUUGAAAA